CUCUUGACAAACCGUACACACUUGACAAAUUUGUUCGGAAUUUCUUUGUGGCAAAGAUCCUGGUGUCCAUGUGGUGACAAGUUCAGCUUAACUUCCACAAUAUCAUCCGCGGAUAUCAAGGUGACAUCGUCCGUGCUAAUCAUCCGGUGACAACAUUCAGCGUAACUUGGAAGCGAUAUCCUCCGCGGUGUCCCCCGGAGUCGUCCCACAGGAAUAUGUUGUUACGAUGGUUAAGGCGGAUCCUUUGGGGUCUUCUGAUGAUUACUCUGUGUGUUUUUGGUCUCCUCAGUUCAUAUACUUUAAGCAAGCAACGUCUAUUUGGACUUGCUCAGAGACAGCUUCAAGGACCACCCGCUGUGCAUGUAGCCGGCCGAAAGUUGUUCACGCAGGCAAUUCCAAACGUUUUAAGUACGCCCAAAACGUACCAUAGUAAUGAGACGGAAAGCAUAAAUUCCGUCUUAGAACCUCAACGUACGAACACAAUCAACUGUCUGAAGCUUUUUAAAGGCGACAAAAACGAGACAGCAAAAUCUAAGUGGCUGAUUAAGUCCAAACCUUUUAAGCCUGUACCUUAUCAAGCAUUCAUCAAUACAACAAAACGUUGUGAUCUUUUUCGUGUUGCUAGGAACUACACCGAGCACGUGUCCGACGAGGAGGAAAGCUUUCCAUUGGCCUUCAGCAUUGUUAUCCACAAAAGUGUUGAACAAUUUGAGAGACUACUUCGUGCCUUAUACAGACCAAACAAUUAUUACUGCGUUCAUGUGGACAGAAAGGCUUCCAACGCCUUCCAUAUGGCCAUUAAAAGUUUAGCAGACUGUUUUGAUAACGUGUUCGUUGCGGCAAAACUAGAAGUAGUCGUUUAUGCGGGAUUCACGCGUUUACAGGCGGACAUUAAUUGCAUGCAAGAAUUGCGACAGAAUUUCUCUGACUGGAAGUAUGUACUGAAUCUGGCGGGUUCGGAAAUGCCUCUGAAAACAAAUUUUGAAAUGGUGCAGAUUUUAAAACUCUACAACGGUACUAAUCUUGUGGGGAAAAAUAUGAGAGCCUUAAACCCAUGGAGGUGGAAAAACAGAUACGAAACAGUUGUGACGGAGGGACGGGGACAUAUCGUAAAAAGAGACAAUUCCAAUACCCCUCCGCCGUACCACCUCAAUAUCACCAAAGGAAGUGCUUACGCUGUAUUAAGUAGGGCACUGAUUGACUACAUUUUCACAGAUCCAGUUCCACUAGCGUUUUUAGAAUGGAGUAAGUCUACAUACAGUCCCGACGAACAGUUCUGGGCAACACUAAACAACGUAGAACAUAAUCCAGGUCUGGCCACCCCUGGCGGAAACCCGUGUCCUGGUACUAGUUACAUGCAGAGAGCCGUUCUGUGGUACUCUCCUGACUGCCAUGGUAAGAAUGUGCGCUCUGUAUGCGUGUUUGGAGCGGGUGAUCUCCCCUGGAUUAUUCAGCGUCCGGAGUUUGUGGUCAACAAGUUUGAUCUGAGUGUAGACUACAUAGCUUAUCAAUGCGUGGAAGAACUGCUCCGAGUUCGAGCCACACACAGUGCCCCCUGGGACAUCGAACAUCAUAAACAAUACGUCGAUUCUCACAGUGGUAAGAGCUGCCCACUAUCGUGACAGGCAUGAUUACACUGUAGGUGACUGGAACAAGCAGGGUGAACAAACGGCCGUGUACAAACGGUUUGAUAUGUUACAAAAAUUGCAAUGUGUUCUUACCCGAAAUAAUGUCCUAUUUGAAUACUAGACAAUUUUAGUCACUUUGACUGAGACUGAGGCUAAUGCAUUGUAUUACUGUGUUAUCAGACAUUACAUUUGUUACAUGCUGUCUUAAUUUUAUUUACUCGAGUAAAACUUUUCAUUUUAAUCUGUGGGCAACUAUUAAAUGGUUAAAUAAGCAAAACUGAUGAUGAAUAAGAUCUGGUGUACAAACGGCCAUGUACAAACGGGUUGAUAUGUUACAAAAAUUGCAAUGUGUUCAUACCCGAAAUAAUGUCCUAUUUGAAUACUUAGUCACUCUGACUGAGUACAUUGUAUUUUAUGUACUCGAGUAAAACUUUUCAUCCUAAUCUGUGGGCAACUAUUAAAUGGUUAAAUAAACAAAACUGAUGAUGAAUAAGGUCUGGUGUACAAACGGCCGUGUACAAGAGGGUUAUGUUACAAAAAUUGCAAUGUGUUCAUACGCGAAGUAAUGUGCUAUUUGAAUACUGGACAAUAUUAGUCACUUUGACUGAGGCUAAUACAUUGUAUUACUGUGUUAUCAGACAUUACAUUUGUUACAUGCUGUCUUAAUUUUAUUUAAUCGAGUAAAACUUUUCAUUUUAAUGUGUGGGCAACUAUUAAGUGGUUAAAUAAACAAAACUGAUGAUGAAUAAGGUCUGGUGUACAAACGGCUGUGUACAAGAGGGUUGAUAUGUUACAAAAAUUGCAAAGUGUUCAUACCAGAAAUAAUGUGCUAUUUAAAUACUGGACAAUUUUAGUCACUUUGACUGAGACUGAGGCUAAUACAUUGUAUUACUGUGUUAUCAGACAUUACAUUUGUUACAUCUUGUCUGAAAUUUAUUUACUCGAGUAAAACUUUUCAUUUUAAUCUGUGGGCAACAAGUAAAUGGUUAAAUAAGCAGAAGCGAUG